AUGCAGCGAAAUAGGAGAUCGGCAAAGAUCGGUUGUCGGUCGAAGAUUUAUGUUAGUUGUUCCAGGAAUAUGCUCAAAAUUGUUCGGUACGAUGUGCGGCACAAUCAUGGCGUGACACCAGAUGAGGCGAAACUUUAUCCGCGGAAUCGGCGUUUGACGCAGUCUCAGCUAGCAGUCGUAGAGGACCUUUUAGAGACGACUCAGGAGAAUAACGUCGUGAAAGAAUUCAUUGAGACCAACUUUGAUACAUCUGUCACCAUGAGCGAUGUGAGAAAUAUAAAAUCAAAAAUCAAAGUCUCCAGAGAGCAAAUUUCUCAGGAGUUUAUGAUCUCCAAAGUCCAUCCUCGUCUUGAUGAACUCCAGUGUUUGACAACUUCU